AUGAAUUUAAUUACUGCUUUAAAAUUUUAUAUCACUCGGAUGACAGAAGAAAGUGGUCCGGGAAUGAAAGUUCUUUUGAUGGAUAAGCAGACGGUAAAUACAAAAUAUUUUAUAAUAAAUAAUAUUUAAAAAUUAUAAUUGAAAUACACUAGAAUUAUGAAUGAUUAUAAGAUAUUUAUUCAUCUUAUCUAUGGAAAUAAUAAAAUGCAUUGUAUUCAUGCUUAUGAAAAAUGAACAAUGAAAAUAUAAACUGUUAAUUUUAUUGAAAUUGAAUUCUUUCUCUGUUUUUUUUCUCUGUCUUUCUUUCUUUCUUAUUUAAUUUAACAGUGACAUUUAAACAACUAUUGCAGGAAUAAUUUUAUAUUAUGUAUAAACAGAUCUUAUGUUAUUAUUAGUAAUAUAUUUUAGUAACAUUAGUAACAAUGAUAAUUUUUAUACAAGUAGAUUUUGUUUGAAGUUUAUUAUUUACUACUUCAAUUUAUUAUAAAUAUCAGCCCAGAAUUAAGAAAUUUCUUAAAUAUAUUGUAUUCUCCCAAAAAUAUAUUAUAUUUAUUAUCUUCUAUUUUAUAUUAUAACGUUUUUUUAUUACAUGUUUUUCAUUGCACAUUAGAUAAAUUAAAAAAUAAUUUGUAAAAAACAUUUUCAGACAAGUAUCGUGAGCUUACUAUAUAGUCAGUCAGAAAUAUUUCUUAAAGAAGUUUAUUUAUUUGAAAGGAUUGAUGCAAAUGUUCGUAAUGAAGGAUUAAAACAUUUAAAAUGUAUAGUUUUUAUAAGACCAACCAAAGAAAAUAUCGAAUAUCUUUGCAACGAAUUAAGAUACCCUAAAUAUGAUUUCAGUAACAUUAUCGCAAAGGCUGAUAUCAAACUUCUAGCUGAGAGUGAUGAACAAGAGGUAGUAAGAGAAGUUCAUGAAUAUUACGCAGAUUACUUAGCCAUUAGCCCUCAUUUGUUUUCAUUUGGAAUUAAUACAUGUUCGCAAGGUUUACUAUGGAAUCCAGUACAUCUACACAGAACCGUUUCAGGCUUAAUUUCAGUUUUAUUGUCCAUUAAAAGAUGCCCCUACAUACGUUAUCAAAACAGCUCUGAAAUGGCAAAGAGAUUAGCAGAAAAAAUACGCGAAGUACUAAGUAAAGAAUCGAAUUCAUUUGAGUUUAAACAGGAUUCUAGUCCAAUUUUAUUAAUAGUUGAUAGAAGAGAUGAUCCUGUUACCCCUUUAUUAAAUCAGUGGACUUAUCAAGCAAUGGUUCAUGAAUUAUUAACUAUUAACAACAAUCGUGUUAAUUUAUCACAUGUAAAAGGCAUUUCAAAAGAAUUAAAAGAAGUCGUUCUUAGCGCGGAACAUGAUGAAUUUUAUGCAAAUAAUUUAUAUCUUAACUUUGGCGAAAUUGGACAAACAAUAAAAGAACUGAUGGAUGAAUUUCAAAAGAAAGCUAAGAAACAUCAAAAAGUAGAAAGCAUAGCUGACAUGAAGAAUUUUGUAGAGACUUAUCCAUUGUUUAAAAAGUUAUCUGGUACUGUAUCAAAGCAUGUAACAGUAGUUGGAGAACUUUCGUCUCUUGUAGAAAAACAUUAUCUAUUGCAAAUAUCAGAAUUAGAACAGGAACUUAGUUGCCAGAGUGAUCAUUCCAUGCAGCUGCAAAAAAUAAAAGAGCUUAUUAAUAAUCAACAAAUACGAGAAAUUGAUACAGUGAGAUUGGUCAUGCUAUAUGCGCUUCAUUAUGAAAAAUAUGCAAAUAAUGAUAUCAAUGGUUUAUUGAACUUAUUAAAAAACAGAGGCGUUUCAGAAAAAUAUGUAAAGCUUGUAUACAACAUAUUGGAGUACAGUGGAAUUAACGCAAGGCAAAGUAAUUUAUUUGAUCGGGAAGCAGUAGCCAAGAUAACUAAAAAGUUAUUUAAAGGUUUAAGUGGAGUAGAUAACAUUUAUACCCAACAUACGCCUUUACUAAAUGAAACACUUGAGGAUUUAAUAAAAGGAAAACUAAGUUUACAAACAUUCCCAUAUCUUGGAAGUACAAUGAUGUCAAAAAAACCACAAGAUAUUAUUGUUUUUAUGAUUGGGGGAACAACAUAUGAAGAAAGUCUGACAGUCCAUAAUUUAAAUAAACAAAAUCCUGGGAUAAAAAUUAUUUUAGGUGGUACUACUAUUCAUAAUUCAACAAGUUUCUUAGAGGAAAUUCAACAUGCUACUUCGGGCAUCUUAACAAAAUACAAAAAUAAUAAUAAUUGA